AUGCACCCGACCGCCGCCGCCACUGCUGCUGAAGCUCUGUUGUAUUAGCCCACACAGGCACAUUCAGCAUCACAUUUCAGCGUAUUUCUUCAGAUUGCUCACUCGUCGGAUACGACUCGUGCCCUGAAAAUGCAAGCUAUUAAGUGUGUUGUUGUCGGCGACGGUGCCGUGGGUAAGACAUGCCUGCUCAUCAGCUACACCACUAAUGCCUUCCCAGGAGAGUAUAUUCCUACAGUGUUUGACAAUUACUCUGCCAAUGUUAUGGUGGAUGGCAAACCGGUCAACCUAGGCCUGUGGGAUACAGCAGGUCAGGAGGACUAUGAUCGUCUUAGACCACUCUCCUACCCUCAAACGGAUGUAUUUUUGAUUUGCUUCUCACUGGUGAGCCCGGCUUCAUUUGAGAAUGUAAGAGCAAAGUGGUACCCUGAGGUUCGCCAUCACUGUCCAAACACCCCCAUCAUACUCGUGGGCACCAAGCUUGAUCUGCGGGAUGAUAAAGACACGAUUGAACGUCUGCGGGAUAAGAAACUAGCUCCCAUCACUUAUCCUCAAGGCCUUGCUAUGGCAAGAGAGAUUGGUUCUGUGAAGUAUCUGGAGUGCUCUGCCCUUACACAGAGGGGUUUAAAGACUGUGUUUGAUGAGGCCAUCCGUGCUGUUUUGUGCCCUCCACCUGUAAAGAAGCGGGGCAAAAAGUGUACUGUAUUGUGAAGAGCACUGCAACUAAUUCCUUCAUUGAUAUGUCAUUUAAACAGUGGGGUCUUCCUCUUUAGCCCUGCUGUUAUCUGCUUGUUAUCAACAGAUAGUACAUCCAACAUUUGAGAUGACAAACUGCAGAGACAUACAUUUCCAUGGGAUGUUUAAUGUAUCAGAGUUUGUUAAAGAAGAAGCAUAGCUAACAAAUGCAAUCAGUUAUUAUUAAACAUGGGGACUUCAAACCCAUUUACUCUGAUACUUAUCAUUUUACAUUUUCAGAGCUUAUAAAGUGGAUAUUGUGGGAAUGUGGAUAUUCAUAUUUUAUCUGCAAGUACUUUCCCUUUUGGGAUUUGUGAAUGUGUCAGAAUAUUGUGUAAAUACAUAUUGUGAAUAGCUUUUGUGAGUUAAAUGUGAGGCCAUUGUCAACACUCUCACUUACAUUAAGUAUUUUAAUUUCAGCUUUUAUUGCCUGUCAAGCAUUUGUACUGUACUUGUGUUUUAUUGUGCCUGCACUGUAUGUAAUGAUUUAUAUUUAGGGAUGCAAACUACUAACCUUUCAGAUAGUCACAUUUUCUUUUUAAAAUCACUUUGAGAGAGAGAGAGAGAGAAAAAAAAAAUCUGCUAUGACUUUCUCACCAUUUCAUCUCUCAGGAGUUUGCAUCCCUGUAUAUUAAACAAAGAAAUACAGUUCCUUAAAAUUGACAGAAAUAUGACACAAAGAAGUGAACAAUGAAAUCGGUUUUCCUAAAACGUCACAUUUGGCUAUAAUGUGUAAAAGAGUGCAUAGUGCAACUUCAUUUGAAAGAAGAUCAUUUUGUGCAAACUGUGACACCAUCAAGUCUUUUGUCUCCAAUUAGUUUUUUCUCCUGAUAUGUUUGAAACAUUAUAAGAUGUGCCAUUAUGAAUUUCUGUGCAGGGCCUACUUGCCAAAUGAUCUUUUAAACACAAAAAAAAAAUGCUCUUACCUUUAAAAAAUUAACAUUUCCGUUUUACAAACAUAAAAAUAUGUGUAUGUGUGCCAACUGAGUGUUUAUGUUUUGGUUUGAAAUUAUUUUGAUGUUAUUGAACUAAUGACUGAAAAUUAAACCUAGACACUGGCAGAUACACAA